AUGGGUGGUAAAAUCAAGGCCAUUAAGGCCAGAUUUGCUUCCAUUCAAGGUCAGACCAGUGAGUUAAAGUUGGUAGAGCGUAAUCUUCCCGUGGAAACUCCUUUCACGGACAAAAGGAGGCGGCAGACGCACUCUUUUGUGGAUAAAGAAGAAAUAAUAGGAAGGGACGGUGAUAAAGCAGCUCUUCUAGAACUCUUGCUAGAAAAAGAGUUUCAAAGUGAAGAGAAUGUUAUUAUGGUUAAAGAUCAUUUUGAGUUGAAGAUGUGGGUUUGUGUUUCCGAUAUUUUUGAUGUGAAAACAAUAGUAGCGAAUAUUAUCAAGUCUGCGACUAAUCAAGCACCCAAUCAAAAUCUCGAGACGGAUCAAUUGCAAACACAGCUUCGAGAUAAAAUUGAUGGGAAAAAAUACUUGUUUGUUUUGGAUGAUAUUUGGAACGAGGAGGGAGAACAAUGGUUUAGCUUAAAGAAGUUACUGAUGGGUGGGGCUAGAGGAAGUAGAAUAAUAGUAACUACUCGCUCUCAUAGAGUAGCAAAGGUUACUAGUAAAUGUCAAUCCUAUGUUUUGGAAGGUUUGUCUGAUGAUGACGCUUGGUCUUUGUUCAAAAAAAUAGCAUUUGAGCAAAGAGAUGCGGACUCAACAAAUCCAGUCUUUUUGGAAAUAGGAACGCAGAUUUUGGAAAGGUGCGGUGGGGUUCCCUUAGUCAUAAGGACUAUAGCUAGUACGUUAUUCAUUAAAGAAACUGAAAGAGAGUGGCGUUCUUUCAAAGAUAAUGAACUUGCUAGAAUAUCUCGAAAAGAUGGUGAAAUUUUGCCUACACUCAAGCUGAGUUAUGACCAUCUUCCAGCCCAUUUGAAGCAUUGCUUUGCUUAUUGCAGACUGUACCCAAAAGAUCAUAAAAUUAAUAUACAAACACUUGUUCAACUUUGGAUUGCACAAGGUUUUGUAAAGCAAUCAGAUCCGAAUCAAUCUCUCCAAGAGAUUGGGUUGGAUUAUUUUAAAGACCUAGCGGAAAGAAGUUUCUUUCAAGAGAUGGAAGAACAUGAUUAUUGGGGAAUGAGAUGUAAAAUGCAUGAUUUAAUGCAUGAUCUUGCUGAAUCAGUAGCAGGGAGAGAGAGUAGAAUUUUAGACUCAAAUUCGAAUACAAGUGAGGUUGAUGAAAUAUGUCGUCAUAUAACAAUUGAUUUUCAAAUAUUUCCUUCGUUCAAGGGAAGGAAGUUACGAACUUUGUUGCCCUUUCCUUACCAGAAAAAUAGAAAUAGGAGUGAGACGAUUUGGAAUUUAAUAAUUUCAAACUGGAAGAUUGAAAAAUUGGUGAAUCUUACCCAUCUUUCAUGUCUUGAUUGUCGGAGCUUAACUCAUAUGCCACGUGGAAUAGGGAAGCUGACUUCGCUUCAGAGGUUAAGCAUGUUUGUGGUGGAUGAACGUGGUUCCCGUGGUGGUGGUGGUUAUGCUGCAGAUCUAAGGGAAUUGGGUGGGCUUAACAAUUUGAGGGGACAGUUAAGGAUAACAAACUUGGGAUUGGUGAAAAAUGCAAAAGAGGAGUUCAGGGCUGCUAAUUUGAAAGAGAAGCAACAUUUGGAAUCAUUGGUUUUAGAUUGGGGCUACACUACAGAUGAUGAAGAGAAGUCACUUGAAGACCUCCAGCCCCCUCCUAAUCUGAAGCGUCUCUCUUUCUUUGGAUGGAGGGGCAAUGCCAAGAUUCCGAGCUGGCUUUCUUUGCUCACAAAUUUGGAAUUCUUAAGUAUACGAGGUGGUCCCCGGUUGGCGGAAAGAUGUCGGAAGGACAUUGGUGAGGAUUGGCAUAAGAUUACUCACAUCCCACGCAUUCGGGUGAAUGGGAGACAAGUGCAAUUCCUAAAGUAG